AUUAUUUAGCUUUUCAUUUAUUUUAAAAUUCAUUUUUCUUUUAUUCAUUGAUUAAUUCAAUCCCAUCAUCAAUUUCUCUCUCCCAUUUCCUCGUUGUUUCUCCAUUUUCUAUCUCUUUAUCUUCCCCACCACCUUCUUUCUCUAUUAUUUCUUCCAUUUUUCUUCUCUCUCUAUUAAUCUCCCCUUCUCUGACACAUCUCUUCUCCAGAUUUAUUCUUCCUCAACCCCCUUUUUACAAUUCAGAUCUGUUGAAAAUUUGUAAUUAAAUCAAAAAAAUGGCUGAAGAACAUGAAUUUCAAGCCCAAGAUCAAGGUCACAGAUUAUGUGCAAAUAAUUGUGGAUUUUUUGGAAGCCCAGCAACUUUAAAUUUAUGCUCAAAAUGUUUCAGAGAUUUACGUUUGAAAGAAGAACAAGGAGCUCUUGCGAAAGCCGCUUUAGAUAACACCAAAAUCCCCGUUUACCCGAGCCCGGGUUCAUCUACCCAGUUAAAGAUACCCGUAUCGGUGGAAGUGGGUUUGAUCUCAACCGUUGAGGGUUCAAUCAUUGAAGCCCAAGUUGCUACACCCUCAACCCGACCCAAUAGGUGUUUAACAUGUAACAAACGGGUCGGGUUGACGGGCUUUAAGUGUCGGUGCGGGUUGAUGUUUUGUGGGUCCCAUAGAUACCCAGAACAUCAUGGGUGUACGUUUGAUUACAAAUCGGCUGGUAAAGAAGCAAUUGCAAAGGCUAAUCCAGUGAUUAAGGCAGAGAAAUUGGAGAAAAUUUAAUGGGUUUUAUUUUUAGAAUUGUAUUAUGAAUUUGUACUCCUUUUAUAAAAAUUGUCAUUUUAAUGAAUGUAUUUUAAUGAAUAUUUGUGGGUUAUGAAAGGAUUUGUGAUGGUGGUUAAUUAUCAAAUCAAAAAAAAAAAAAUUGGG